GCCACACUCAUGUUACUAUGAAGGGUUGCUUUCUCAUAACCCACUAUUUCAAAGGGAAUGAGGGGACACAUGCAAAGUGGGUAUUGGAGUGUUAACAUUUAUUGUCAAAUAUAGGAUUGCAAAAUUCAAGGAAAAAGAGAAGAAAAACAAAUCCUUGUACAAAAAUGUUGUUGACAGUUCAUAAAAUGAAAGAUUCAUUGGUUUUCUAGACCAGAUGAUUAGAAGCCACUAUUUUUUUAUAAAAUCAAAAUUUGGUCAACAGUAAGAUUUUUAUUAGGAAUGUAAAUGUGAAAGGGUUUUUGAAAGUUGUGAACAUUGGCAUAGUAAGUGAUGGACACAUAUUUAUGAUCAAGAUAUAUGCAUGCGAUGCAAGUGUUUAUUUAUGGAGUCAUAAAAGAGUUUUCUUUACUCAUUUUUUUUCUUUUUCUGUUUAUGUCUCUUCCCUACACAAUAAUGCCUACAUGAGCCAGUGCUUUUUUCUUUUCUUUUGCAUUUAUUUAUCUUUUUCUCUUCCUUCCAAUCACUCUUUCUUUUUUCUGCAAAGAAAACGUAAAGGAAACGCCUCUAUGCUAUUGCUACGACUCACUCUAAAAAUCAGCUACAAUUAUACCCUUUAUUCAUUGAUAUUCAAAAUUCUCAACUUUUUAUUACUCAUAGCUUCAAAGACACUGCUUGUACAAGCUAAGUAUUGAGUUCAUUCUUGACACUAAAUCUAAAGUGAAGCCAUGAAGGAGAAAAACAAAGGUGUUGUUGAAGCUUUUAAUAGCAAUGAAAUGGAUUGUUACUAUUCUACCUCUGAACUUGUUCAAUGUAAGAAACAUCCUUCUUCUUCUUAUUCUUCUUCUUCUUUUGGUGGUGGUGGUAUUUGUGCUUAUUGUCUUAAGGAACGUUUAGUGAAACUUGUUUGUUCUGAUUGUGGUGAACAAAGGCUUUCUUCUUGUUCUUGCUCUGAUGAGAUAACUUCGAAUCGAAAUUCAUGUAGUGUUGAGGUAGGAAGUGUUGGAAGAGUUUCAUUUCUUAUUGAGAAUGAAAAGAAUGAGACAACUCCAAUACAUCAUUUGAUUUCUAAGGCUAAAGAUAAAGAAGAAGAAGUUGUUGUGCUGAGGAGAAGUAGAAGCAAUUGUGUGGAUAUAAAAAGGAAUGGUACUUUUUGGAGAAUUGGGAAACUAUUUAGGAAGAAGAAAAAGAAAGAUUUUAGUGGAAGAAGUGUUGGUGGGUUUGAUGAGAAGAGUAGUGAGAUGAUGAUGUGGAAUGUUGAUAAUCAUCAAAGGGGUGUAUCAAGGUCAAGAUCUUUAUGCAGUUUUAGAGGUGGUGGUGGUGGUGGUGGUUUAUUUGGAUCUGAAGAUGGUGGUGAUUCAGUUUUAUCAGGUGCUAGAAGUUCUAUUUCUGCAGCUAGAAGUUCAGGUGUGAAUGGUGGUUUGAUUUUAGAAUCUGGAAGAAGAAGUGGUUACAGUGAAGCAGAGCCAAGGAGGAGUGAUUUUGUAUUUGAGUGUGAAAAUGGUAGAAAGAGUGAAGUUGAUUAUGGAAGCUACAAUGUUGUAAACAGGCGUGUGUUUUCAUUAAGAGAGAGUGAUUUCAAAGGUAUGGAUGAGUCUAGUUUUAUUGAUUUGAAGCUUGAUUAUUCAUCUGAAUCAAAACAGCAUGAUUUGUUCAAUGCUAAGAUGGGUGAAAAUACACUAUCUGCUUUUGGAAGCAUAAGAGGUGCUGGAAAUUUCAUGCCACAUGAUGCUGAAGGAGUUUUGACUAGUGGAGGUUCAUGUAGGAUUACUGUCAAUGACAGAGGAGUUAAAACUGGAAGAAAAAACAUGAAAGGUUGGAGAUGGAUUUUCAGAUAUCAUUCAAAUUGGGGAGGAAGCUCAAGGAAAAGAGACCAAGAUCUUAUGUUCAAAACCUGAGUGACUUUAAAUUGUGGUUGUGAAUCUUUAUGUUGCUGGCAAAUGCAAGAGAGUGCGGCUGAUACGAUCUAAAUUACAGCUACAAUACUAUUGCAAAAACUUCAAAAUUUGCAACACUGCCAUCGCAGAUGCAGACCGCAAUUUAAAACUGACAGAUCAAAUACAUAAAUGAAGAAAAACCAUGUUUCUAUUAGCAUGGUAGUAUUAGUCUGUUGUUUAAAUUACCUGUAGUUGCUCUUUAGACAUUAUAUUUCUUGUCUACUAAUGCUUUUUUCUUUUUUCCUUCAGUUAAAUCCCUAAUAGAAACUUCUUGGAAAGUCCCUAGUCAAAUUUUUCUUUCAAUUAAAUGUCAGGAAAGAAGAAAGAAAGUGCAUCUCAA